UGUGCGGCUAAUAGAGGAGGCGUUUGACAGCUCGCCAAAAGCCAGGAGAGAGCGAGCGAGAUACAGACAGACAAAAACGGGACCUACUGGAUUGUCAAGAGCACGUCGGGCAUCUCCAUGGAGAAGAAGGGAUCACGUUCAGCCGCGACCCCGCUCCUCACUCGAAUGUAGACGAGAAAUGCUUUAAAAGAAGCCGUUUACCCAAACCGUGCCCCCCUCCUUCCCUUCUUCCUUCGGAUCUGCAGCGUGCGGAAAGGCCAUGAAUUCAGCGGAGCAAACCGUUACAUGGUUGAUCACUCUGGGGGUACUCGAGUCGCCGAAAAAGACCAUUUCCGACCCCGAGGGAUUCCUGCAGUCGUCUCUCAAGGAUGGGGUGGUCUUGUGCAGGCUGCUGGAGCGGCUGCGCCCAGGCUCCGUGGACAAAAUUUACCAGGAGCCAAGAAGCGACAGCGAGUGCCUGAGCAACAUCAGGGAGUUCCUGAAAGGCUGCGGCUUGUUCAGAGUGGAGACAUUUGAGGCAAAUGACCUCUAUCAGGGGCAGAAUUUCUCCAAAGUUCUGACAUCUCUGGUGGCUCUAAAUAAAGUAACAGCAGAUAUUGGUGUGGGGAGUGAUUCUGUAUGUUCCCGCCACUCCUCCUCUCAUCGUAUCAAAUCCUUCGAUUCCCUUGGAUCGCAGUCUUCUGUUACCAGAAGUUCAAAGCUUUUUCAAAACCAGUAUCGAAGUUUGGACAUGACAGAUAACUGCAGCCAUCAGCUAGUGGUCAAAGCACGAUUUAAUUUCCAGCAGACGAAUGAAGAUGAGCUGUCUUUUUCCAAAGGGGACAUCAUUAAUGUCACUCGAGUGGAGGAGGGGGGCUGGUGGGAGGGAACAAUCAAUGGGAAAACUGGAUGGUUUCCCAGUAACUACGUCAGAGAAAUUAAAGGCAAUGAAAAACCAGUUUCUCCAAAAUCUACAACUCUAAAAAGCCCACCCAAAGGCUUUGACACAUCUGCAAUUAAUAAAACAUAUUAUAAUGUGGUGCUUCAGAAUAUUUUGGAAACAGAGAGUGAUUAUGCUAAGGAGCUUCAGAGCCUUCUGACAAUCUAUCUUCGUUUGCUGCAACCUACAGAGAAAUUAAGCUCAACGAACAUUACUCACAUCCUGGGAAAUCUGGAAGAAAUCAGCACAUUCCAGCAGAUGCUUGUUCAGUCUUUGGAGGAGUGUACAAAGUUGCCUGACACUCAGCAGAGAAUUGGGGGAUUCUUCCUAAACCUGAUGCCUCAGAUGAAAAGCCUGUAUUUGACAUAUUGUGCCAAUCAUCCCUCAGCAGUUAAUGUCCUUACUGAACACAGUGAAGAGCUUGGAGAAUUCAUGGAAAUGAAAGGAGCUACCAGCCCAGGAAUUUUAAUACUGACCACUGGCCUCAGUAAACCUUUCAUGAGACUGGACAAAUACCCAACACUACUUAAAGAACUGGAAAGACACAUGGAGGAUUAUCACCCUGAUCGACCAGAUAUUCAGAAAGCCAUGACAACAUUUAAAAAUCUUUCUGCCCAGUGUCAAGAAGUGCGGAAAAGAAAAGAACUGGAACUACAAAUCCUGACUGAAGUUAUCCGCUGCUGGGAAGGUGAUGACAUCAAAACACUUGGAAAUGUCAUCUUCAUGUCCCAAGUCAUGAUACAUUGUGCAGGAAGUGAGGAAAAAAAUGAGCGCUACCUCCUUCUGUUUCCUCAUGUGUUGCUCAUGUUGUCUGCCAGUCCAAGAAUGAGUGGCUUUAUUUACCAGGGUAAACUGCCAUUGACAGGGAUGACAAUAUUAAAACUUGAAGACACUGAAACUCAUAAAAAUGCAUUUGAAAUUUCAGGAAAUAUGAUUGACAGGAUAAUUGUGUCAUGCAAUAACCAACAGGAUCUGCAGGACUGGGUGGACCAUCUUCAGAAACAGACUAGAGUUUCUACCAUCGGAGCUCCUCCUAUGAAGCCGCAGUCUGUGCCUUGUCAUACACUGCCUUCUCAUCCUAUUACUCCAUCGAGUCGACAUUCAGAGAGCAGACCUAUGACAGUGGCCCCUGCUUACCAUACACUCCCUCACCCUUCUUCCCAUGGCACCCCUCACAGCACCAUGAUGUGGGGACCUCUUGAACCUCCAAAAGUGCAGAAGCCCUGGAGCCUGAGUUGCCUGAGACCUGCUCCUCCACUGCGGCCCUCAGCAGCCCUUUGCUUUAAAGAGGAUCUUAGUAAAAGCCCUAAAACUAUGAAGAAACUGCUUCCUAAGCGUAAGCCUGAAAGAAAGCCGUCUGAUGAAGAGUUUGCACUAAGAAAAAGUACAGCAGCACUUGAAGAAGAUGCACAGAUCCUAAAAGUAAUAGAAGCAUACUGUACCAGUGCCAAAACACGACAGACACUUAAUUCAACAUGGCAAGGCACUGACCUGAUGCAUAAUCACGUCUUGGCUGAUGAUGACCAAUCAAGCCUAGAAUCUUUGGGUCGUCGCAGUAGCCUUUCCCGCUUGGAACCUUCCGACCUCUCUGAAGACUCUGAUUAUGACAGUAUAUGGACAACCCAUAGUUACAGAAUGGGCUCUACAUCUCGCUCUAGAAAGGAAUUGGCGCCCCAUGUGCUGUUUCCAGAAGAGGAGAAAAUAAUAGUUGAAGAGACCAAAAGCAAUGGCCAGACUGUGAUAGAGGAAAAGAGCCUUGUGGAUACAGUUUAUGCUCUGAAGGAUGAAGUUCAAGAACUGAAGCAGGAUAAUAAGAAAAUGAAAAAAUCACUUGAAGAAGAGCAAAGGGCUCGCAAAGAGUUGGAAAAGCUUGUUAGGAAACUUAUAAAGAAUAUGAACGAUCCUUCAUGGGAUGAAACUAAUUUGUAGACAAACCAUCCCUGAUAACUCUGCUUCCUUACGUUCAGAUGACAUAUUCACGCUGACUGAAUAUAAAUGAACUGCAAGUCUUUUCAACCCAACCAUCAGGGAUCCAGCCAGCCAUCAGUAAUAAACUUGUGGUCACUGAGCCGUGGAACAGCGCUGACUGGGAUGGUGAGACUGUUGGUAUGGUUACAAGUGCUGCUUUUUUUUUUCAUGUUUGGGUUCUGAAGAGAGCGAUCAAAAUUCCACAGCCUGCAGUUCGGUGCCUGUCACCAGUGAGGGCAAGCAGCUUCUGUGCAUGAGCUGCCUUUGCUGUAAGCAUCUGGCUAGAAGCAACAGCCACAUUUCCUGCAGAAUUCAAAGGAGGUGUGGACCGGAAUGAAAAGACGCGGCUCUUGGGUAGCAGUUCUGGGAACAUUUCCUUCUUACUCAUGCCUCAUGUUCUUCUGAGGCCACACUACAGUCUAGAGUUAUUUUUAUAAAAAGAAAGUGAGCACAGGUACAGGCCAGCGUUCAGGUAACUUGCCCUUCUUAGCCGCUCAUUCUGUGAUUUAUUGUUCUAUUUGCCUGUUUUUAAUUACCUCAACUUCCUGUUUGUCCAGUGUUUUGAAGAAAAAAAAAACUCAUUUUAUAUUGUUUCAUACAAGACUUCAAAAUGGAAGCAUUUACUUUAUUCUUUGUAAAUAAUGCAGAAUUGUAUUUCUGAUGACAGUUUUCAUGUAUCACAGACUAGGUGGUCACAAGAGUACAGUACUGUAUGUUUCAGAAGCAGAAGAGUCCAGUCCUGUGACGUGUGUUAAUUCAAAAAAAAAAAAAAAACAUUCAAAUACAAUGACCAAUGACUUUUAAAGCUCCACGUGUUUAUGCAUUUUGUCCUAAAAUUGAAAUGAACAUGUCAUGGCCGAGCAUUACAAUAGUGCUCCUCCCGGAAUUCUGCGUGUCUCAUGUUAUUGUCUUGUGACCACUAUUUAUUUAUUUUUGUCUCACUAACAAGCAACAAUGGUGUUUCUGUGAAUUAAACUUGUAAAUAGGUGA